ACACCCGGGCCUAGGACCCAGGGGCUGUGAGCGGCAGCACUGCCCCUACCCUACAAACACCUCCAUAGAAAGAAGAAAAACAAAUAGAAAAAAUAGGAGACCCGUUCAGACACAUGCUUUGCUUUCUUGAUCACUAGCGGAGCUAACGAAAACAUUCAAAUUUGCAAUGGGACACUACAGUGGAUGGAUUGUUUCGGUGUUGAUAAGGAUGCAACAUUUGACGUCGCUUUGGGGGUAAAUGGGGGGCACUGAGCACAACAUUUGCAGGCGGACAUCAGCUGCAUGCAUGUCUUUGGCAAAGAAAGUUUCGAGCGCAAUGCAAAUCUUUGACAAUGACUGGUGUUUACACGUACAACCACCCGGUCUUGACUUGGAAGGCUACCGGAGAGAUACGAUGCUAUUUUUAUUCCUAAGUGGCCAUGGUGUCGAAACUGUCUGUAAACGGAAUGAAAAUAAGCACAAGAGAGCGCGUCAUGCUGAACUGUAACGAGUUAUUGUUGUGUAUUGAAAUUUGACGAAAGCACAGGACCUACCGAAGCAAACAUUUAAAGAGGAAAAAUUGUAGACGUUGUUUGACAAACUUUAUAUGUUCAUGAAUGAUAAAACUGACCUGAUUUGUUUGAAGAAAUUGAUACAUUAUGUCUGAAUAAGGAUACAAUGUGACACUGCAAUCCAUAGCCUACUUUCCUGCCUAAAACGGAGCCAUCCAUCCGCCCUACAGUUCUCAAUUAUCUGACGUUGUUUUUGUUCAGUGAGAGGGCCAUGGCAGAAGAGGGCGACCACGUCGAAAAUAUCUCUGACGUCGAGCAAUCCCACCAUGAAUCCGCCUCUGAAAAUGGAGUCAUGUUGGUUGUCAACCACAGUAACAUUCAGCCCCCUUUCAGCGUGGUGUUGGCCACAUUGUUGUAUUGUGCAGAGUUUGUCUGCGCAGCGGUGCUUUGCAACGUUUACCACAAGAGCGAUGACGACAUCUGGAUGGGGUCAACCAUCGCCUUCAUGUUGGUGCCCGCUGUAUUGACUCAGUUGGCGCUGACAUUCAUUCAUAGAGACUUAGGAAGAGACCGCCCCCUCGUCCUCUUCUUGCAUCUACUACUCCUGGGCCCACUUAUUAGGUGUUUUGAGGCUCUGGUGGUUUACUUCAAAGCGGGUAAAGAGGAGGAGCCGUAUGUGACCAUCUCCAGGAAGAUCAAGCUGAAGAAGGACCAGGCCACGCCCAUGGAGUGGGAGAUCGGCCACUCGGAGCGCAAGCUUGCCACCCACCGUAACGCCUUCAAACGCACCGCCGUCAUCCAGGCCUUCCUGGGAUCCACCCCCCAGCUCACCCUGCAGCUGUAUGCCAACAUCCAGGAGAAGUACUUCCUCCCUAUCAGACUGACUUUGAUGGUCAUCUGCCUCAUCUCCAUCACCUACGGGGCCCUGGUGUGCAGCGUGUUGGCCAUCAACAUCCGCUACGACGACUACAAGGUGCGGCUGCGCCCAGCCGCCUACCUCUGUAUGAUCCUGUGGCGGGGCCUGGAGAUCGCCACACGCGUCACUUCCCUGGUGUUGUUCAGCUCCGCGCUCACCUAUUGGGUGAUCCUCGUGGGCCUGGGCAACCUGCUUUUCUUCUUCCUGCAGCCCUGGGCCGAGUUUUGGGCUCGACGUGCCUCGCUGCCCGACAACGUGGAGAAGAACUUCAGCAAGCUGGGCACCACGGUGGUGCUGUCGCUGGUCACCUUCCUGUACGCCUGCAUCAACGUCUUCUGCUGGUCGGCUGUGCAGCUAGACCUGGGCCACCGUGACCUCAUCGAGAUGAAGCAGCACUGGGGCCGCCUGGCCGCCUACUACGGCGGACGCUUCCUGGAGAACAGCGUGCUUAUCGCCCUCUGGUACUUCUACAAGUCAGACUUCUACUCGUACGUGUGCGCCCCGUUGCUGGUGGCCCAGCUGCUCAUCUGCUACAGCCUGGCCGUGCUCUUCAUGCUACUCUUCUACCAGUUCUGCCACCCGUGCCGGCGUCUCUUCAGGCACAACGUGCACGACUGCCUGGCCUGCGUCUGCUGCUGUCGGAGGGGUGUGGGGAGAGCGGGGGAGGGGCAUCCCCACUCCUAUUCCACCACUGCCACCAUGGUGCUGGUGCCGCUGGAGCCCCCUGAUCUCACCAGCCAGCUGGGGGAGCACGAGACGGCAAUCGUUGAAGACAUGGAGGCGGCUUGAGAAGGCCCCACAUGGUGAUUUGAUGAUAUGGGGCCACUGCUUGGUGCAGCUACUAAACUAAUGGCUAUGUAGACUCAGGACUGUUAUACUGUGAGUGGUGCAGAUUAGGAGAUGGACAGAGCAGCUCAUUCUGUACUGCGGUGCACAGAGGACAAGUUGGUCUCAAGUGGUUAGCUAAGCGCAUUUCAAAUUGGUGCCAUGAUUUUAUCGAUGCUGCUCGUUUUAGAAUAACACGUGCACGCAGAGCCUUGGACUUAAAGAUAAGCCAUGAUAUAGACAAUGUUACAUCACUGUUGUUGAAUGGGAAAUGGGUUACUGACGAGUGCACCGUUUGUACUAGACAUCUACUGUACAGGUAGAGAGACAGUGGGUCAAGGGAGUCCAAAGAAUGUACUCUGUUAAGAUAUGCCGGUGUGAUGCACAAAGGCAGCCUUGAGAGAGCAGCACAGGGUCAGAUACAGUGGGGCCAGGUGUGUGGGAAGCAUGCCAAGUGUCUCCGGCCCUAGAGGACUGAUGUGCCCUUUAAACUGGGACUUCCCCUGCUUACGUUCUCGGGGGUUUACUUAAUGAACAAACUCCAGAUGUUGCAUUAGGAUUCUUUUUCAUCUGCUCGCCCCUAUUGUAAGAUGGGGGAAAUAAAAGGUUAGAUGAAAUCCGAGCUACCUUCCUCAUACCCCACUCCACUCACUGUAAUGAAUGGUUUGUAUUAUACUGAACAAAAAUGUAAACGCAACAGUUUCAACGAUUUUACUGAGUUACAGUUCAUGUAAGGAAAUCAGUCAAUUUAACUAAAUGAAUUAGACUCUAAUCUAUGGAUUUCACAUUACUGGGCAGGGGCACAGCCAUGGGAGGGCAUAGGCCCACCCAUUGGGAGCCAGUCCCAGCCAAUCAGAAUGAGUUUUUCUUCGCAAAAGGGCUUUAUUACUGACCAGAAAUACUCCUCAGUUUCGUCACCUGUCAUGGUGGCUGGUCUCAGACGAUCCAACAGGUGAAGAAGCCGGAUGUGGAGGUCCUGGGCUGGCGUGGUUCCACGUGGUCUGUGGUUGUGAGGCCGGUUGGACGUACUGCCAAAUUCUCUAAAAUGACAUUGGAGGUGGCUUAUGGUAGAGAAAUUAACAUUAAAUUAUCUGGCAACAGCUUUGGUAGACAUUCCCGCAGUUAGCAUGCCAAUUGCACACUCCCUCAACUUGAGAAAUCUGUGGCAUUGCGUUGUGACAACUGCACACUUUAGAGGCUGUUUGUCUCCAGCACAAGGUGCACCUGUGUUAUGAUCAUGCUGUUUAAUCAGCUUCUUGAUAUGCCACACCUGUCAGGUGGAUGGAUUAUCUUGGCAAAGGAUAAAUGCUCACUAACAGGGAUGUAAACAAAUCUGUGCACUUCUUUUAUGAGAAAUAUGGAACAUUUCUGGGAUCUUUUAUUUCAGCUCAUGAAACAUGACCAACACUUUACAUGUUGCGUUUUAUAUUUUUUUUCAGUGUAGUAUCAGUUUGCCCUUCUUUUUUUUUCCUUUGCAAACACAGUGGUUAAAAGGCUAAUUGAGUCUCACAGUGAUCAUUUAAGUGGGUUGAAGAGCCAAUAUAUCUUAUGUAAUCACACUGUCCUUGUAAAUAUAUUGUAAUUUAAAUGCAAUUCAGGACAUAUCUUUUUACUUUCAAUGAGGACUUAAUAUAAAGAACUUGAACUUGCCUUAUUGGUACCUUAUGUUUGUAGCAUUGAAGUGCAUUUAAUCCCUGUUUUUGUUUUGUAUGGUCUGUUUCAAUAGUAUGUUUAAGUGCAUUAUCUUUUCAUUGUUACUUGAAUGUAAAUUUGUUGAAUAAAAAUGCUGUUAUAUAUAUA